AUGGAAAAUUAUUCUCAUCUAUCUAUCUAUCUAUCUAUCUAUCUAUCUAUCUAUCUAUCUAUCUAUCUAAAGAUUUGCCUGCCGAGAAAAUUAACAUUGGAAUUUUUUUUCUCAUGUGCUUUUUACUCUUUCUACUUUCUUUUUUUUCUGCUUCCCCUUUUUUCUUUCCUUUUCUCCUCUAACUUUUUCCUUUUCUCCUCUAACUUUUCCUUUUCUCCUCUCCCUUUUCCUUUUCUCCUCUCACUUUUUCCUUUUCUCCUCUCACUUUUCCUUUUCUCCUCUCACUUUUUCCUUUUCUCCUCUAACUUUUCCUUUUCUCCUCUCACUUUUCCUUUUCUCCUCUCACUUUUCCUUUUCUCCUCUAACUUUUCCUUUUCUCCUCUCACUUUUUCCUUUUCUCCUCUCACUUUUCCUUUUCUCCUCUCCUUUUCCUUUUCUCCUCUCACUUUUUCCUUUUCUCCUCUCACUUUUCCUUUUCUCCUCUCACUUUUCCUUUUCUCCUCUCCCUUUUCCUUUUUCUCCUCUCACUUUUUCCUUUUCUCCUCUCCCUUUCCUUUUCUCCCCUUACUUUUUUCCUUUUCUCCUCUCACUUUUCCUUUUCUCCUCUCACUUUUUCCUUUUCUCCUCUCACUUUUUCCUUUUCUCCUCUCACUUUUCCUUUUCUCCUCUCACUUUUCCUUUUCUCCUCUCACUUUUUCCUUUUCUCCUCUCACUUUUCCUUUUCUCCUCUCCCUUUUCCUUUUCUCCUCUCACUUUUUCCUUUUCUCCUCUCACUUUUUCCUUUUCUCCUCUCACUUUUCCUUUUCUCCUCUCACUUUUUCCUUUUCUCCUCUCACUUUUUCCUUUUCUCCUCUCUUUUUCCUUCUAUUUUUCCAAUAUCCUUUUCUUUUUUGCCAGUCUUUUUUUUCUUUCCGCUUUUUUUCGUUUUCUCUGCUUUUUCUUUUUUGUUUCUCUAUCAUUUUUUUCCUUUUCCUCUUGCUUCGUUUUCCUCUUUUUCGUUUUCCUCUCUUUUUUCGUUUUUCCUCUCUUUUUUCGUUUUUCCUCUCUUUUUUUGUAUUCCUCUCUUUCUUGUUUACCUCUCUCUUUUUCAUUUACCUCUCUUUGUUCGUUUUUCUUCUCUUUCUUUGUUUUAUUCUCUUUUUUCGUUUACCUCUCUUUUUUUGUUUUUCCUCUCUUUUUUUGUUUUUCCUCUCUUUUUUUGUUUUCCUCUUUUUCUCGUUUAACCCUCUCUUUUUCGUUUUCCUCUCUUUGUUCGUUUUUCCUCUAUUUUGUUUUUUCUCUCUUUUUUCGUUUUUCCUCUCUUUCUCGUUUACCUCUGUCUUUUUCAUUUACCUCUCUUUGUUCGUUUCUCCUCUCUUUUUCAUUUACCUCUCUUUGUUCGUUUUUCCUCUCUUUUUGUUUUCCUCUCUUUUUUCGUCUUUCCUCUCUUUUUUUGUUUUCCUCUCUGCUUUUUCCUCUCCUUUUCUUUCUUUUUUAACUCUUUGUCUUUUUUCGUUUAUUUUCUCUCUCUUUUUCUUUGUUUUCUUCUCUCUUUUCCCCCUCACUCUUUUUUCUUUGUUGUCCUCUCUCUCUUUUUUCCUAUUUUUCCUCUCUACUUCUGAUCUUAACCAAUGA